AUGGAGAGUAAUUACGUAGCAGUUCCGGUGGCUUUGAAUCCUGUUGGCAUUCGCAGCAAGCCCUUGUUACAGAGGUCCUUGCUGUCCCUCUAUAACAUGGGGACACCGUGGGCGGCGGUGCGGUUCGGCCACUGCCCCCCCGCCUCUCGCGUCCGGCCGCGCCGCGGGUUGCGGUCUCCGUGGGGGUGGCAGCGCCUGUCCCGGAGGUUUGCGCCUGGCAGGGCACCCCAGAGCCGCGAGGAGCCGUUCAGCCCCAACGUGCCCGAGAAGACCCUGGGCGCCAGCGGGCGCUAUGAAGGCAAGAUCGCGCGCAGCUCGGAGCGCUUCAAGGAGCUCACCCCCAACUACAACCCAGACAUCAUCUUCAAGGACGAGGAGAACACGGGCGCCGACCGCCUCAUGACCCAGCGCUGCAAGGACCGCCUGAACUCGCUGGCCAUCUCGGUGAUGAACCAGUGGCCCGGCGUGAAGCUGCGGGUGACCGAGGGCUGGGAUGAGGACGGCCACCACUCCGAGGAGUCCCUGCACUAUGAGGGCCGCGCGGUGGACAUCACCACAUCGGACAGAGACCGCAAUAAGUAUGGACUGCUGGCGCGCUUGGCAGUGGAGGCCGGCUUCGACUGGGUGUAUUAUGAGUCGAAGGCCCAUGUGCAUUGCUCCGUCAAAUCCGAGCAUUCAGCCGCAGCCAAGACGGGUGGCUGCUUCCCUGCUGGAGCCCAGGUGCGCCUGGAGAGUGGGGCACGUGUGGCCUUGUCGGCCGUGAGGCCAGGAGACCGGGUGCUGGCCAUGGGGGAGGAUGGGAGCCCCACCUUCAGUGAUGUGCUCAUUUUUCUCGACCGCGAGCCCGACAGGCUGAGGGCCUUCCAGGUCAUUGAGACUCAGGACCCCCGACGCCGCCUGGCACUCACACCCGCCCACCUGCUCUUCACGGCUGACAACCACACAGAGCCAGCAGCCCGCUUCCAGGCCACAUUUGCUAGCCAUGUGCAGCCUGGCCAGUACGUGCUGGUGGCUGGGGUGCCGGGCCUGCGGCCUGCCCGAGUGGCAGCUGUCUCUACACAUGUGGCCCUUGGGGCCUACGCACCACUCACGCGGCACGGGACACUGGUGGUGGAGGAUGUGGUGGCUUCCUGCUUCGCGACUGUGGCUGACCACCGCCUGGCUCAGUUGGCUUUCUGGCCCCUGCGACUGUUUCACAGCUUGGCAUGGGGCAGCUGGACUCCAGGGGAGGGUGUGCACUGGUACCCCCAGCUGCUCUAUCGCCUGGGGCGUCUCUUGCUAGAAGAAGGCAGCUUCCACCCACUGGGCAUGUCUGGAGCAGGGAGCUGAAAGGACCCCACCUCUACCCUCCCAGGACUGCCAUACUGGGUUCAGAGGCCUCCCAGUCAGGAGGGUGCUGGCCCUGGAAGAGACCUGAGCUAGGGGCACUGGUGCUCACCAUCUCCUUUACCAUGGAGACACACCAUUGAGACUUGACUGGGCAGUGCCAGUGUCCCCAUCUCCAUCGUGGUGAAGUGAUAGAACUGCAAGCCGAGCUGGUGAGGGGUGGCUGUCUAUCCGUCUGUCCUAGAGACCUUAAGGUGGGCUUGGUGGCUCCCAGCCCAGCCAGCUAUGAUUUUUCACACCCUGCCCCCCCUCUUGGGAGGUGGGGCCGUUCCAUCUUUCUUAGGCCCCCUUGGGUGGGCUUGCACCUCAGUUGAUGCUGCUAGAUUCCCUGGGAGCCAGCAGGGAGCUGGCUGGACUCAAUGCUGCCCAGAACCGAGAAGGCCACAGGGGUGGGGCAGCCAGCCUGGCCAUCCUGAGGUAUGACCUUCCUCCCUGGCCACACUCCUCAAGACACAUGCAGAGACUGUUGCUGUCAGCGGGCAGAGUCCUGUGUUCCGGUCAAUGUGACUAUAGUGCCUGGAAUGGGGAAGGUGGGCUGGAUGUCCUUGCCACCCCUGCCCAGGCUAAGCUCCCAUUUCUGCUGAACCAUGACCCCCACCCCCUCCUCCGGUCAGUCUCCCCCACCUUAUUUAUUGGCACGGAGGGGGAAGCCCACAGGAGAAUUUGGGGGACAUUCUGGUCUUUUCUUUCUUUUGUAAUAAAAAUUAUUUAAGUUGUUAG